AUGGCGAAGGCGGCGGCCAAACCUGCCGUCGGAGAUUUCCCCGUAAAAACGUCCUGCUCGCUGGGCCUGCUCUCUCAGGAAGGAGACCGUUGCAGUCGGCCAACCACGUGUGACCGAAAGGCCGUGAUGAAAAAUGCCAAUGUGUCACAGGAGAUGCAACGGGACUCGGUGGAGUGUGCUACUCAGGAACUAGAGAAAUAUACUACAGAGAAGGCCGUUGCUGCCCAUAUCAAGGAGUCUGACAAGAAGUACAGCCCUACCGGGCACUGCAUCGUGGGGAGGAACUUUGGUAGUUUUGUGACACAUGAAACCAAACACUUCAUCUGCUUCCACCUGAGCCAAGUGGCCAUUCUCCUGUUCAAAUCUGGUUAA